GACGGCGCGGAAUUGCUGCCUGUCGAGCAGGGGCUCAGCCCCUCUCGCCCUGCCGUGUUCCCAGGCUCGCCGCCCAGCGCGGGCGUCGACAGCGAGAGGCAGGUGGGCCACUCGCUGGAGGGCUACCGCCGGGAGGUCGCCAUCCUGCAGGAG